AAUCCUUUUUCACUGGGCCCGGCAUCAUAAUGCCAGGCCCACUUUUCCCCGAGAGGGAUUUUCCCCCUCCCGGUGGGCCCUCUCGAAAUGAGAGGUCCUUACCCCUAUUUAUGGACAGAAAAGACGAACACGGUGACAUGAAAUUCUUAGUUUUGCAAACGACCGACGGAUCCCCUCUCCCUAAAAACCCUUUUGUAAUUGGCAAAUCUCUUUCCUCCCUUGCUGGUCAACUUUCCGAGCCCGGAAAACCGAUCGACAACGGCAAAAAACUCCUCAUCAAAACCCGUAGCUCCAAACAAUUCCAAACGCUCCAAUCCCUUACCAAACUUAUCGACGGAACCCCUGUGACAGUGACUCCCCAUACCAACCUUAAUAGUGUCCAAUGCGUGAUCUAUUCCCCCGAUUUAAAAGACCUCAACGACGAUGAAAUUUUGAACGAACUCAAGGACCAGAAAGUGAUUUUUGUGCGUAGAUUCACGCGAAAGGUGAACGGAGACAUCGUGAACACCAACAUUUUCCUGCUUCGCAUAAACACCACCUCGAUACCAUCUACCAUCCGCCUCGGUGCCCUGCAAGUUUCUACCCGACCUUACUACCCGAAACCCAUGAUGUGCUACAACUGCGCUCAUUACGGACACACCAAGAUGAGCUGCAAGGUAGCUCAAGCCUGCGCCAACUGCGGUACGCCUGCCCACGGAGAUUGCCCCGUCGACCCCGUGUGCAUCAACUGCAAAGGACCACAUAACGCCUUCUCCCGUUCCUGUCCCCGCUACCUACAAGAAGAAGCUAUCAUCAAAUAUAAGAAAUCCAAGCAUUCCUCUAUGCAGACGAUAUUAUCCUAGCCUCUUCAUCUCAUACUGCUUGCGAAUCUCGUAAACUCCUGCAAACAGGGGUUGACAAGGUUCGACAGUGGUCGAGAUGGACUGGCUACGAAAUAUCACACACAAAGUCCAAAAUCCUCCAUAUCUGCCAACACUGCUCCUGCAGUCAACGACGACCAAUAACUUUUAAUAGGACACCAAUACCCAACACAAAGAUAGCCGACAUACUCGGCGUAACCUUCGACAGUAGGCUUUCUUUUCUUCCACAUUCCAACAGGGUCAAGAAGGAAGCAAACAACCGGCUGAACUUGUUCCGGAUGCUUGGAACCGGCAAAGCUCGGGCCUCCCGCUCAACCCUAAAUCGCAUCAUCAACACCUGGCUCCUACCUAAACUACUCUACGGCAUCGAGAUUGUUUCCCGCGAGCGAGCAACCUUCGAGAAGAGAGUAGCACCCGUCUACCAUACAGCCAUCCGCUACGCUACUGGUGCUUUUGUCACCAGUCCGAUUGUUUCC